AAACAAUGGCCAUUACCAAGAUCCACGCCCGCUCCGUCUACGACUCUCGCGGUAACCCUACCGUCGAGGUCGACAUCGUCACCGAGACUGGCCUUCACCGUGCCAUCGUCCCCUCCGGUGCCUCCACUGGCUCCCACGAGGCCUGCGAGCUCCGUGACGGCGACAAGUCCAAGUGGGGUGGCAAGGGUGUCACCAAGGCCGUUGCCAACGUCAACGAUAUCAUCGCUCCCGCUCUUCUGAAGGAGGGCCUUGAUGUCAAGGACCAGUCCAAGGUUGACAAGUUCCUCAUCGACCUCGAUGGCACCCCCAACAAGACCAAGCUCGGUGCCAACGCCAUCCUUGGUGUCUCCAUGGCUGUUGCCAAGGCUGCCGCUGCUGAGAAGGGCGUUCCCCUCUACGCUCACAUCUCCGACCUUGCCGGCACCAAGAAGCCCUACGUUCUUCCCGUUCCCUUCAUGAACGUCCUGAACGGUGGUUCCCACGCCGGUGGCCGUCUGGCCUUCCAGGAGUUCAUGAUCGUUCCCAGCGAGGCUCCUACCUUCACCGAGGCCAUGCGCCAGGGUGCUGAGGUCUACCAGCAGCUGAAGAGCCUGGCCAAGAAGAAGUACGGCCAGUCUGCUGGCAACGUUGGUGACGAGGGUGGUGUCGCUCCCGAUAUCCAGACCCCCGAGGAGGCCCUUGACCUCAUCACCGACGCCAUCGAGAAGGCUGGCUACACCGGCCAGAUCAAGAUCGCCAUGGACGUUGCUUCCUCCGAAUUCUACAAGACCGAGGAGAAGAAGUACGACCUGGACUUCAAGAACCCCGAUUCCGACAAGAGCAAGUGGCUCACCUACGAGCAGCUGGCCGACCUCUACAAGUCGCUGGCUCAGAAGUACCCCAUCACGUCCAUUGAGGACCCCUUCGCCGAGGACGACUGGGAGGCCUGGAGCUACUUCUUCAAGACCUCUGACUUCCAGAUUGUUGGUGAUGACUUGACUGUCACCAACCCCUCUUUCAUCAAGAAGGCCAUCGACCAGAAGGCCUGCAACGCCCUUCUUCUGAAGGUCAACCAGAUCGGCACCAUCACCGAGGCCACCCAGGCUGCCAAGGACGCCUUCUCCGCCGGCUGGGGUGUCAUGGUUUCUCACCGUUCCGGUGAGACUGAGGAUGUCACCAUCGCUGACAUCGUCGUCGGUCUCCGCGCCGGCCAGAUCAAGACAGGUGCUCCUGCCCGUUCCGAGCGUCUGGCCAAGCUCAACCAGAUCCUCCGUAUCGAGGAGGAGCUCGGCAGCCAGGCCGUCUACGCCGGCAAGAACUUCCGCACCGCCGUCAACCUGUAAAGGUGAGGCGAAGCCGGUCUUGAAUUUCCAGCGCCAUUGUGAAGAGGGCGCAUGAUGCGACGAAAGUAUACACAUUUCCUUAUUACGUAGCAACGGGGUUGUAAAUCCCCAAAAAGGUAGAGCGAAGAAAAAGCCGAUUCCUACAA